CCCGGAGCUCCGGUUAUCUGAGCACCGGGCUGAGUGUUCAGUGUGGAGGGAGAGCUGAGCGGGGAGAGACGCUGCUGCUGCUGCCCGACCACGGAGGACACAACCAGGAUGCUCCAUCUUGAAAAAAGCUUCUUUUAAACCAGUUUAAUCCGAGCUGUGGACCUGAAUCAUCUCCGUGAGUCCACCUGGUGUGAGGUUCGGAUGAGUCUGCGGUCCCGGUGAGUCCCGGUGAGUCCCGGCGGUGAGCUCUGUCUUUGUUCGGCUCUGACAUCUGUCCUUCACACCUUCAACAUGGAGCAUCCAGAGAAGGAGACCAGGUCAGACGAUGAGACCGAGUUUGAGGACGAGGAGGUGGACCCCAGAAUCCAGGUAACUCACCUUUACAUCCACAUUAUUGAUUAUUGGUUUUUUAUUGAUCCGGGUUCAAUAAGCCCCGGAGAACAAAGUCUCUCCAUGAUACUGGCUCAGCAUGUCCUCAAAUACACCUAAAUCUGGACUCUACCUGCUCACUUUGUCUGGAUGUAUGUGGAUUAUAAUCUGUUUGUGAUAACUGACUGAUUCAAUGAGAAUAUAAAAACAACCUCAGAGUCCAUCCUGAUGGUUUAUGAGCCCAGAGACCCGGAUUGGGUUUAAACAAAGAGCUUCAAAUUAUCAUAAAGAGGGUAAAUCCUGAUAUUUACCUUCAAUAAUGGUGUUAAAUCCAUCUGCAUGGUUUUUUUCUUCAUAGUUUAUUAUUUUAAAAGAUUCAUGAGGAAAAAUCUCAAACAUGUGAAAGAAAAUGAGCGGAAAGAAGAAAAAUCUUCUAGAGUCUGAACCUCUUUAUUAAUAUAUUAAUCAACCAAACACAUAAUAAUAAAAAUAAACUAGAGCUUCAGGCCAACAUACCUUUGACAGUUUAAUAUUUCUUAUUUUCAAAAACAGACAGAAAAGACCAGGUUAACCAACAUUUGUCCACAGAACAAACAAACACAGACUUAGAUGAAAAUAUUUCUCUGUAUUUACUCGACAAACUGACUUUGACCCUAAAAUGUGAUUUAGUUUCUUUAGUUUCUUUAUUCAGAUUGUUCCACAAACGUCUUCCUCUCUCUGUAACACAGCGCUCCUACAGUUUACUUCUGAAUCUUUUUAAAUAUUUCAAAUCCUUUUAAAUUAUAAUAAACUUUCUCUUUUUUCUGGAUGUUAACUUGUAAAAUCUUCCUUUGAGCUUUAAACAUCAUCUACAACAAACUGAAAUCUAUUAACUCACUGAAUUUCAACAACUGCAGUUUAACAAAUAACAGGUUUGAAGGAUUUCUGUUUUGACUUCUUCUAAUAAUUCGUUUUGCUCUUUUUUGUAAAAUGAAAACUGUCUGGAUGGAAGUUUUACCUUCUCCACACUUGAACACAGUCGGUCAGAUAUGGAACAAUAAUCGAAUCAUACUAGAGGUACAAAGUUUUAUUAUUAUCUAAGUCCUUUACUAUGUUUAACAUAACAAUCGUUUUUGUUAUUUUCACUUUUAUUCCAUUAAUCUGUGAUUUUAGCUUUUCAAAAUAAAGUAAAGCAAUAAUGACAUAAAUUAAAAUUAAAAUAGGGGGAAAAAUGAACAAAUCUAAUGUAAAGACAUAAAUCACCUGAUGAAGCAGGAAGUAGAAACGACACUGAGUAAGAGUGAAACAGCACCUGGACUAUUAUUGAUCAGUCAGCUCUUGAUUUCUGAAAAUGCUGAACAACCCUAAAAAAAUCAGGAAUUAUUAAUACGUGUAAGAGAAAUUAGGCCAACUUUAACUUCUCUAAACUGUUUAAGAGCAGAUCACGCUCAGGUUCCCAUCACCAAGAACAAGAACAAGCAGAAGCAGCAAAACAAGCCGUGAGAAGCAGGAACUGGUGAGAAUUUGGUAAUAAAACUCUGAAACGUGCGGUCAGUCAUCAUACACUCAACAAUGUUCCCAACGACCUUUAAAAACUGUUUGAAUUUAGAAAUAUAGAACUCAAAAUACAGAAAUCUUCAUGAAUUUGUCAGAUUUGCUUCAUACAUCGUCAACAAACGGACCAAUCUUCGUCUUUUAUAUCUGUGCGGCAGAAUCCAGAAUGUACCUGUCUGUUCAGGGCGGCUUUGACUGCUGCAAUCAUCCUCCAUAUUUGUAGAAAACCAUCUGUAAGGUCAAGAGUGUUGGGCAACGAUCAGGUAACGACGAGAGCUCCCUCUGCUGGAUUGUAUCGUGAGCCACUUCAUGCGCCGAUAAACAAUUCAUUUUGGGUUUGAAAAGUUGAUUUAAGUUUAGAUUCGGACUUCCCCCCCAAGAUUGAUAGAAAGUGAAAAGCCCCGACACUCUGACCGCAGAGCCGCCAUGUUAAAGCUCGUUGCUGAAUCUCAGCUGUAGGGAUGGAAACUGAAAAUCGUUCCUGAGUAGUUUGAGCGAUCAUCAUCACUUGUCUUCAGGCGUAACGGUCCAGUGUUGUCCACUUAGUUCCACGUGCCUGUGCAGAAGCAGAAACGUACCAAUAACAGUCUGAUAUAUGAUAUUAUGCAGGUAAAUAUCACGUGUCUUUGGUCCAAACUUGCUUUGCGUUUCAGUGUAUUGGGUGUGGAGAUUCUGGAAGAAGGAUCGAGUUGGCAGAUGAUAAAUCAGUGGUCACGGAUCUUCUUAUUUAAAGGUUUAAAGUGCAAAUCAGCAGAAGAAAUGAAGGUCAUGUGCAUUUAGUUUUCUUUUCUUCUGGUCGACUGACCCACUCAGGCUGCAACAAUAAACCCAUAAAUCCUUUAACUGCUAUAGAAAUAGUUACAGAAUCUGGAGAAGCAAUAAAUAGUGUGGGGAUUUUCCAAAAUAUCAAGCCUGAUCCACUUCUGUAGAUUUGUGGAUUUUCUGCUUUUUUAUGAUUUUCCAGUGGAAAAAAAACUGAUGGUGUAAACAAAAAGACAAAGAAAGGCACAUGUCGGCCUUGGGAGACAGCGAGGAGCUUUAUCCACGGCCUUCGACUGUGCUCAGAGAUGUUGAAAAGCCCAUUGUUGAUGGAGGGUUCCUGAUAAAAGCAAUCAUUUCUGGCAGCACUUGGACUAUUUAAGCAGCAGCUGAGGUGCUUCUGUGGUUUUUCAAGGCCAGAUUUUCAACACUGCAUGUGACACGUUAGACAGCCGCCUCAGUUCAGCAGAGAUGUUCAGAUUUCUGCAUGUUUCCAGAUGUUUCUGCCUCUGUCUCCUACACUUGUAGAGAUUAUCUGACAUUCCUAUCGUCUGCUUAUCUCUCCUCCUCCAGGGUGAGCUGGAGAAACUCAACCAGUCCACCGACGACAUCAACAGAUGUGAGACGGAGCUGGAGGUCAGUGUCUCAGACCUGUGUGUGUGUGUGUGUGUGUGAUAAGGCUUCACCUCUCCUUUCCCCUCGGUGUGGACUGACAGGCUGUAAAAUCAACCUGACAUCUCAAAGUCUUGUUUGGAGGGCAGAAGCAGCAGGUUUUUCUCUGGAGUUACAGCUGGACCUUUGCUCUGUCUGCAGGCUGUUUGUAGUUUUCACAUUUCACUCGGUGUCAGCAGGUGAAAUCGUUCAAGGAUCGCCUGUAAAUACUUCUGGGAAGGACACUGACAGAUUGUGCGUCAAUAAACUUAUUUGGUUGUUUUAAACUGUUGCACUUAGAUCAGCCGAAGGUCAAGAGGUGGGAGAAACUCACAGUCCUGUUAGAUAAUUCACAUGAAAACACGGGGUCCUCAUGGAGCCCUGAAAAGUCUCAAAUUAGAUUAAUGAAGUUUAAGGCUUUAAAAUAUCUUAAAAAAAUGAAUAUUUCAUGAAUCUAAAGUCUUACAUUUUAGAUGGUUUUCUGACAUGUCUGAAUACUCGCCCUCGUCAGAAUUCAGUGAUUUUUUUAUUCUCUUAUUUUGAGGGUUUUAUCGUUUAAGUGGAAGGGUUACCUUUUUUCAGAAUUCUGACUUUAAUUUCUAAAUUCGAACUUUGAUCUUGGAAUGUCGAGAUCACAGUCAGAAUUCCAAGUUUCACGAUGGAAUUCUUUUGAUUUUAAUCUCAAUUUUCUGAGAUGAAAGUCAAAAUCUGACAUUAAUUUUGGAAUUCUGAGAUCAAGUUUUAAAUCCGAAUUCUUUUGAAUUUGUUUUUGAAAUUCCGACUUUAAAAUCAACCUUUGACUCUGAACUCUGACUGUGAUAUUAGAAUUCUGAGUUAAAAUUCUGAGUUUAAAGUCAGAACUGUAAAUUAAUUCUCAGUAAAUGAGGAUUAUAAGAAAGUUAACUGACUUUUAUUAGUAAUUGAAUGAGUUAAUUUUCUCUUAAAUGACCUGAAUGAUCUUCUGUGUCACUUCUUCCUGCAGUUAUUCUAAAUUUUCGGUUAUGAAAUUUCCCUCUUUGUGUAAUUUGGGGAUUUUCCUGCAUCAUGUCUGGACUUGUGGUUGUAGAAGACGUGAAACUUUCAGUUUGUCUCUGCAGUCUCUGCUUAUCUUGCCCAUCACAUACUAUUGAAAUGACUUUUGGUGGUUAACCUUUAAUGUAUUGUGUUUUCGGUGGAGUUGGUUCAAACUGGGCUGUUUCUGAAGCUGCUUCGCUGACACAGCCGUUGAACUCUCGUUUAGAGCUGAUGUAAGUCACUGCAGACUGGAGACACUUUUAUUUGCCAUAAAUUCCUUUUCACUUGCAUAACUGAUCUUUGAAUCCCAUUAAAAUCCAGUGGACUCUGGUGGCUUACUUUUAUGUAGGUCGGCUGUAAUGUGUGAGUUUUUAUAGAGGCGAGAGUCCGGAGUCAAACAGCCAGCUGAGAGUGCUGCACAGAGCAGAGUUCAAUCACAUGGAUUUACAUUCACAUGUAGUUUUGUUCUGAAGAACGGGUCUGUGUCUGACAGAGAAAAUGACGGAUUGAAAGAGGAAAUCUUUCAGCAGCUCUCUGUGAUCUUUUCAUCGAGAAGAGGCUCAGAGCAGGUGACUGAGUCGAACAUCUCGGCCAAAGACGGGAACAUGACGAGGGUCUGGAAGCACGAACUCAAAGAUUCAUUAGAUCUGUGAUCACGUUGUGUAGAACAUAGAGGAAGUGUUGAGUGGCAGUUUAAUUACAGCUGACAACCUGAAGCUGAGAGGAGCAUUCGGAGACGCAUUAGAGAAAUUAGUCACUUUUUUUAUCUCGUCUAAAAAUUGUCAGAGGAAUCCAGUUUUAUUUUCCAUCAGACCGUCACAGAGAGAGAGAGAGAGAGAGAGAGAGCGUCUUAUUCACACACAGAUCUUUGUUUUCCCUGAUAUAUAACUGAGGGGAUCAUACAGCAGGAGAACAUGUAAAUAUUGGUUUUCCAAUCCCAUCUUUUCAAAGGGCUUUUAUUUUGAAAGCAGGCCCUCGGUGUUUCCUGUUUCUGGAUCAUUGAGGUCAUUAGAGCUCAUUCUUUCUCGCCUCUGUGUCUAAAACCUCGACUGAUCCUCGUCUCUGCUCUUUCUUUGUUGUCUCCAUGGUCAACAAAAUCGAGUCAAGUUGUUUUUAUGUGGGACAAAGACGUCUUCUGUUGGGGACCGUCUCCUAUCAGAGGCUAAAACAGGCACAGAAACUCUUAGACAUGUGGCCUGUUUGAGGAGAUAAUCAUCUCCUCAAAGAAAAGAGAAAGACAAACAGCUCUGAGUAACGUCCAUGAACACUGUCUUUGUUUGGAUGUUUUCAGAGUUGGUGGAAAGUCACUCUGAAAAUGUCACAGAGAGGGAUGAUAUCAGACUGAAUAAAGAUCUGGUUCAGCUCCAGAAAAAGUCUGUUCUGGUGAAUUUCAGUCAUCAGGAUAAUCUUGAAUGUGAUCACGAGAGUUUAUAUGUUUGUGGUUGAACUGAUGUAGGUCAGACUGUGAACGUGUGGAGAUCACAUCCUGCAGGACACGUCCUUAAACCUGCAGAUUUUCACCAUCAGCUGGUGAAGCUCCUGGACUCUUACAUCAGAAAACAGUGAGUCAUCUGACGCUGUAAAUUUAAAUUAAAUCUGAAUUAAAUUAGUCUUUAAUAGUUUUGGGUAAUCUCAGCUAAACCUUCUGCUGUUUUUUUGGUGCUUCUUCUGCUUCAUAUUUGGUCAAAGCGUCUUUGUUUCAGCUCUUCAGCUGACGUUAAAGAUUUAUGGUGUCGAAACUUCUUGGAAACUUUAGACUCAUUUUUUAUGAGUUACAGUUUUGUUAUUUUCAUCUCUUGACUUUCCGACACUCUGCUUCAGUCGGGGGAAGAAAAGCGUGUAGCUGUUGAUAAACUGAAGCAUCCUUACAGACCGAAGCGAGCUCGCUGAUGCUGAUGCUGUCGAACAAACGUCGAAGCUGUCGCAAACCGCGCGGAGCGAAGAACUGCUGAGCUGUCGCAAACAUGGCUGGUAGAGGAAGUGACGUGCAUUUCGCACAUGUGUAGUACAAAUCGGGUGUCUGGGACGGAUCAGGUACAGUCAGGUUUAGUUAAUGACUGUGUUCGACGAUAAAGUGAUUACUCAUCGUUGCCACCUAGAGGGCUGGCAUGGACUGGAUUAUUUUUGUGACAACAGAGAGAAAAAUAGUCCGUUUUGAAAACAUCUGAGUGAAAAGUCCGUCUGUCUGCUGAGACAAUAACUGGAGCCUCUUCAACCUUUAAAACAAAUUCAAAGGUUUGUGUGUGACGACCGCAGACGUUUGAAGGGACAGACAGUACUGACUUAAAGACCUUGAGAUCGGACAUCCCCGUCAUCUCUCAGUAUCUCUGUGUCCUUUUUAUCAAACUCUUAUUCUGUGGAAAUCUGAACAGUUUGGACCCGACUGCAGCUUCUCUGCCAGAAUCAGCCUCUCUGAGUUUUAAGGGAGUAAACUGUCAUUUAGGGUUUGAAUCGGAGCAUUCGAGGUGCUGAUUAGAGGACGAUGGAGAGUGAUCGCCAUGGGAACCACAGUGAUGUGAAGACGCUAAUGCGCCCUCAUGUCUGAGAUGCAAAUGAUAUUAAGUGGAGAACAUAAACGCCAAACGUAACGCCUCAGGGCGCUAACGGGUUGACAAGGUGAAGUGCGUCAGAGGGUAGAGGGAGGACGGAGGCACCGCACUGCAGUCUGCAUCACAGCAGAGGAGAGAGGGUGAGAGACGGAGGGGAGAGAGGGAGAGAGAGAGGGAGGGGGACACACGGAUAUAGACAUGCCUCUGUUUUAAUCUGGUUUUAGUGAUGGAUCAAAAUAAUAAUAACUAAAGUGUAGAUGUGAGACUUAGUGACAUAAUCCAGCAGUCAGAGAGGUCAGCUGAAUCUGCUGAUUCACGGCAUCAAAUCUGAACGUGUUCGAGAUCAAAUUUAACAACCGGGGGGGAAAUGUUGACUCUUUUUUUAACGGUCUUUUUAAAUCAGACUGUGAGAAAUAAACGAUGGACGACACAUCUCUACCUCCUCUAAAACAAAAGUGAAGUCUUUAGAUUCUCACUGAUUCUCUGGAUCAGGAAAACUGAGCAGAAGGUUUUUAUUUGAGUUUAUUAUACGACUGUCUUUCUACCCCCAAUCUACCCCUCCCAACCAGUUUUCCCCUCAGCCCCUCCCUCUCUUAAGCCCCGCCCACAAACAGACGCUCCUGCUCGCUCGUAUCGUUCCAAUUAACUUCAGAUAUAAUGUAGAUAAGUAAUGCAGCUCCGUCUUUUUAGCUCUUGUCCGGUCUACCUCCGUUUUAAGCGCCCGUUAUUCCUCCAGAGUCUCCGGUAUUUACUUUGUUUUCUUGCUUGUGUCGGCAGUCGUGGCCAAAGGAGGAUUCAGACAAUUUUCCGAACUUUCUGGUUGGUUUCUACUGUCCGAUAUUGUAGCACGCUAACUUUGUUUGGGCUCCUGAACGACACGGGGGAGCAGCGUCUGCCUCACAACCAAUCAGGUUAGAGGAGGUGGAGAACGGCUUUGUUUACAUUCAGAAAGAGCGGACCGCUCAAAAAUGUUCAAAUGUUGACGACACAGACAUAAGAGAACACAGAGAUAUCGAUAUAUUACCAAAUAAUCAAUAACUAAUAACUAUUGACUGAUUAUUAGAAGAGUUUCAUAAAUACACCACAAAAUAAAAAGAUGCUUCUUUAACGGUUUUCUGCUCCUCCUCCACCUUUAAUCAUCAAGUAUCAGGAGUUUCCUCUUAUUUUAGACUCUUAAAGCUUCACCAUGACACACUUUUUAUGAGCAGUAGAAAUUAAAUUCAGUGUUUUAUCUAAUCCACACCGCUAAUGGAUUACCAAAUGUGUGACGGCGCCCGUCAGGCUCUUUAUUCUCGUCUGAAUCCGUGUUUUCUCUGCAGUAUCAGCCGGACAACACGAGUAAACAACUUUCUGUUUUUCUGUGCUUAUUCAGCAAAACUGUUAUCUUGAUCUCCACGUGGUGUGAAUCUUGUUCCCAGAUUAGAUCGAGUUCUUUCUCCCUGUUUGGUUUUAAUCUUUAAUCUCUGAGUUUCCAAAUUCAGUGUGACUCAUUUCAGAGGCAGCAGCCGUGCAAGUUUCAUUUCCCUGACUAGUUUGUGAGCAGCUGGGGAGCUACAGGUCAAGGGUCAAGAGCUUCAACACGCUGUCAGGAGAUAAAACAGAGGAACUCAGCCGCACUAAGACUGAGAGAGAUGUCAGAUUUCUGGCUGCAAAGUCACAACUCCAUAAAACCUGUUUAUUGAUUUCUUCAAAUCACUUUUUUUUUUUUUUAGGAUGCGAGGCAGAAGUUCCGCUCAGUCCUGGUUGAAGCCACGGUGAAGCUGGACGAACUGGUGAAGAAGAUCGGAAAAGCCGUGGAGGAGUCCAAGCCUUACUGGGAGGCUCGCAGGCUGGCCAGACAGGUCAGUCGUCAGAGCAGACACCGUUCAGACUAACUGGGGCGAUAUAAUAAUAAUAAUAAUAAUAAUAAUUUUUAUUUAUAUAGCACCUUUAAAAACAGAAGUUUACAAAGUGCUUAGACAACAGUUGUAAGCACAGAGCAUCAGCACAUUGAAAAUAAAAACACAUAAAAACAAAAGCUCAGUUAAAAACAGGCCUCUGAAUUGUAGGCCUGUUUCACUUUUCGUAAGAAACCCAGGCAAUACAAGAACCCUACAAAAUAAAUGGGACCAUGAGGACCAAAAUAAAAGCAAAAAAGAAAUAGAAAAGGAGGGAAGAAAACAGGCUAGUAAGUAUAAAAGAGGAUAUUAAUAAUAAUAAUAAAAUCAUAAUAAAAUAAAAUGAUGGUAAUAUAAAUGAUAAAGUGGAAUUAAAUAUAUAUAUAUAAAAUAAAGGAAAAUGAAAACAUUAAAAUCAAUAAAAAGAUUAUAAGUAAAACAAAGGCUAAAAAGGCAGUAAGUCUAAAUAAGAAAGAGGUGAGGUUUGUUGUUGGGUUGGGUGGACACAAGACCUGUAUGACACUCAUGAUCAGUUCUGAUCAGCUGAUUGGUCCAAAUAUUCUAGUUCUGUACCAGUUAGUCAUGCAGAAAUACUGAUCAGUCCAUAAAACAACAUGUUCUAGUUUAUCAGAUUCAGCUUCUGUGGAGGAUCUGCUGCCUCCUCAUGGAGAAACGGGCAGAGAUGUUAAUGAGGCGCUGUGCUGAUUGGCUGAUUGAAGAGGGAGGGUGCAGACUGGUGCAGGUGGAGGUGAAAAAACAAAACAACAAACAGUCAGGCGAGCCUGCCAGAAGAGCAAGUGGAAGAACGUUUUAGAUGUGACAGAACGGACGUUUGUGUUGGUUUUUUGGAAACCACAGAGCAGCUCGCUGGUCUGGCUCUACUCUGGGACAUCUAGACUCUGCAGCAUUGAAGCAAGACCAGAGUGACUCCUGUUGUGAGGUCACCAAAGGAGCCAGACCAGGCGAGCUAAAAAAAACAGGUUUCUUCUCCUCUACAAACUCAGAGUUGGUUAAAAAGUGCAGCACGUUUUGAGGAUUUUCAUGGUUAUGGACUGUUGAAAUGAAAUCUGUCUGUUUACCUUCCUGGGCUGAAUCUGUCACCAGUCUGGGAGAUAUAAAUACUUAAAGGUGAAGUUGACCUUUGACCCUUUGCUCUGUUUUUAACAUAUCUCAGACCCUCACACACAGACCGCCGUAUUACUUAUUCAGCUUGUUAAACUCUGCGUGGCCUGAUUCCUGUCUCAUGUAUUUUUAAUUGUUUGGGGAUUUUGACGGUUUCAGAAGCUGACUCAGAAUUCAGAAGCAGUGUUGACUCAGGGUCAGGUGUGGAAACCUGGUGUUUGGGUUGAAGAGAUAAAAAGUGGAGAGAUGCAUGAAAAAGAAACCAAAAGUGACUUUAAUGACUGUGAUGAAAAUAUGUCUGAAAAUGUUUCUGCAUCGUUUAGAUAAAGACAGAAAACAGCUCUUCACUGGUGAGCAGUAGGAGCUGCACAGAUCAGACCUCCAUCUCAGUUCCCUUUUCACCCAGAGUGUGUGUGUGCGUGUGAGUGUGUGUGCUUGUGUUGUAAAUAAAGGGGGAAGCAGCCACCUGCACCUCUCGAUAAGAGCCCACACAGCUGUAAGAGCUCAGCCAGGAAGUGCAGGGAUGGACUGAGACUCUGAAAGGCCUCAUUGUGCCGUUUUUCUCCUCCUCUCCACCCUCUGAUAACACUAAUACAGAAGAGCGAUCUGUGGUUUUCUGGCUUUCUGGAGGAGAUAAGUGUGGCCUUGGAUGUGAGGAGUGUUUUUUCUGCAGUGUGCUGAAACACACAGGCAGUGAUGAAAGUGACGCUGCAAGUUGGACUUCCCUUUUCUGACACUCUGUCCUUUUUUAACCCGAGCUCUCCUCUCAUCACCGUCACUUUUAAUAAAGCCGAGCAUCACGUGGAAAUGUACAAGUGAAGCGUAAACACAUUUGUGCGACAACACCCUGAAAAUGGACGAUUUUGGACAGCUAACCUUGACUUACUAAUUUAUUUUACCAACCAUAACAGGCUGAGUCUGACAGUGUUCAUCAUUUAUAAGGUUUCAGAGAGGUGGUCUUUUUAAAUCAGAUUAUUUAAACCUGCAAAAUCACAGAAAAGAGAAAAUAUAGGUGUUAAAUGACUCUGAGGGGCUGUGAGCUGAGCUGCUACCUGAAAUACACUGUUUUGGUUUGUUGUUUCACAGUUUUUGUGAUUAUUCAGCUUUUAAUUAGCCAGAUUAGUCCCAUUAUGAUUUUUUUAAAUAAAGGGAGACCCGGCUAAGAACGACAGCAACACAGUUUUAACACCAAAACGAUCAGAGCUAAAACAGAGGUUUAAAUAAAUCCAGACAAAUAAUUCUCAGAACAGAAAUUCUUUAUCAUUUCCUUGAAGUAAUAAUCAUCAUAUUGAUCAUUUUACAGACGCGGUAGUUCUUCUGUCUUAGCGUCUCGGUCUGAUUGUAUUUCCAUGAAGAAAUGAUCAUAAAUGUUCUUCCUUGAGCUGCGUCACCCCGCUGUAGUCCGUAAUGGACUGGCCUGAGGUCUCCCUACAAACAAGCGUCUGCUGGAAGAGAGUAGGUGAGUUGUGUUUAGUCUCUUUGUUAAAGAAAUGAGUCAAAGUUAAAAAGAUGUUUGGUGUCUAGUACUAUGUCUGUGACCCUAUAUGUCCUGUUGAUGAAGUUAGGUGCUGUUCUGAGCAUUAUUUGUGGCUAUAGAGUGGCGUUUUGGUUGGGGGCGUGUCUCUCUGUAUUUCUGAGCUCAGUGGUUCUAACAUACUGUGGUCUGCAGUUUCACUCUGGUUAUAUCCAGCCUGUUUUAAUAAACCAAACCCUUUCUGUGUUAAACUUUAAUCAGACGGUUUUGUGGUUUUUAAAAACAAUGUGAUGUUUGAGGAACUGAACUGUCCCAGUUCCUUUUUACACAGUUUCUCACCUGCCGUCCAGAUUAACCUCUACAUCCUCUCUUUGUUCACUUUCACUUCUUUUACGAGCACCUGGACCGUCAUUUCAUCUGGUGGUUUGGAUACGUUAGGGUGUUAAAGCCAAAACCAAACGUUGAAUACAGAGCGGUUUUACUGUAGUAAUUCUGGGGCAGGAAGAAGAGGACAAACUUGAGAGGGAGGAGGAUUAGAAACACACAAGAUGAAGGCUGAGUCUGAGCUUUACUCCGGGGAAUUAAAAAAACGUUUUAAAAGCCGCCCUCGCUCUCUCGCUCUCUCGCUCUCUCGCUCUGAAAGGAAAAUCAUGUGUCAUUUUUUAAAAACUGUUUUUACCGUCACUGCGCUUCCCUUCUCUGCAUGACCGGACAAACUCGAUUAACGCGACAUCAAUCUGACUAAAAUAAUCAGGUGUACUCCAGGAGAAGGUUUUAGAUAACCCACUUUUCAUAUCCUCACUAACUCUGAGCGACGGUGGAGGGAGAUUAAGACCUGACACUGGAGACAAACGAGUUUUUAGAGCACUCUGUGAGAGACUGUGUGAGCAAAGGUUCCACAACGCCAAAGUAAAUAUCGGCGCUGAGGGUUGGAUUAUCUACUGAACAAUAAAGACUCAGGCUGCUAAAACUGGUCCUGACUCCUGAGUGGAAAUCUCCACAUCACUCCCUGUGAACACGGUUUCCACACAGGUUCAAACUGAUCGAUAGAAAGACUGAAGCAGGUUCAUUAGAUCCCCUACAUCAGUGAGUCUGGGCGAUAAACCGAAAAUUUACCGAUACCGAAAUUUACAACAAUAACCGACGUCAUUUUGCCGAUAUCUUCAGAGACGUGACUCCGCCCCAAUUAGUCUGCAACGAAGAGGGAAGGACAGGUGAGGAGAUGGAGGAGUAGUUAUCGUUAUCGAGGUGAACUGAUCAAUAUAUCGUGAUGUUGAUUUGAGGCCGUAUCGCCCAGCCCUACUCUGGGGGAUCUGACAGUCUUCUUGGGAUCCAUGGACACUGAGUUUCAUGCUUUGAACAGGAAAUUCACCAUUUCUCAAAUUAAAAAUGCUUUUAUUUAACUAAGAUAUUCUUACAGACACUCAUCCAUCCCUGUAAUCUGGAUUUACUCGACAGCUUUGACAUUUCAAUCCACUGACUCUGAAAUCACAUUCGGCUCCUCUGACCUGGUUAUUGAUGAAUCCUGCAGCCGUUACAGAAACUUUCUGUCUGCACUCGCUGUCCGAACGUCUCCGAGAGCAGAUUCAGCCUCUGUGGUGCUUUAGAUGAAAACAGAAGAAUAAAUAUCAAGGCUGUCCUGUUCUGCUCUCACAUCCUUUCAUUUCUCCCUCUCAGUCCCUCUCAGUCCCUCUCAGUCUCUCUCCCAUUAUCACUCCCUCUCUUUUCUUCUCUCUGAUGGCUUCAGGUUUUUAUCAGAUCAUUUCUGGUUAUUUGUUAUGAUGUUAUUGGCUUGUUGUGUAAAAUCUGUUGCUCUUCUUCGUCUUAUUUUUGCUCUGAUGAUGUUGAUGAAGCUGUUUUCAUCCUCCGACACACUUUGGCAGAACUCUCAAACUCCUGAAGUUAAAAAUAUCUCCUCUGAAGACACGCCGGCUCAGUCACAGGUCCUCUUGUUUGUCGACUUUAGCAGAAGUUUGAUCCUAUAAUCCAGGUUUUAUUUCGACUAAUGCACUUCAGUUCAGUUUCAUCCUUCAGUAUCAUGACUGUAUGAACACAAUAUAGAGUUUUUGAUUGCCUCUCCGUGUUCCUCACAUCUCUCUCUCUCUCUCUCUCGGUUUGAUAAGAAACACAUUAUUUGCAGUUGCAGAUAAGCAGCAGGCGGCGCCCGGAGAGCAGAGACAAACGACUCGGUUUGACCCUGACUCCAGAUAAAACCCAGACCUGCAGCCCUGAGAGUGUUAGAUAAUCUGUAUUUGCAUAUCAGGCAUCCAGGGCGGCAGUUUAUGACUCAUGAUUCAGGCUUAAUGCAGGACUACAAUAAAGAUUUCACACAGAGCAAAAGUCUUUCAAAGUUUGUGAAUGUAAAAAGAAAAUACUCCAGGGCUGAGUGGAUAGAAAAUCUUAGAAGUUAUGAGGUGUGGAGUCUAAAAUGAAGUACCAGAGAGAGAGAGAGAGAGAGAGAGAGAACGUCCUGUAACAGGCAGAAACCUCGAGCAGAACCAGACUGAUGUUGGACAGACAUCAGCUGAGACUGAUCUGGGUUUAGAGAGGAGAGACUCGUGGAUUUAGUUAAAGCAGUAAAACUUCUGCAGCAGAGAUCCAGAAGAAUCUACAGGAUGAUGGAGUUCAGAGACUCCCAGGAAAGACUGAAUAUCAAAAAGUACCGUUUACAGUCACCUGAAACGCCGAUACGACAAAAAACUUUAGCGUUUCCUCCUGAAUUAGUUUCUGUGGUGACGGGUUGAUACCGCCUUCAGACAGACUUUGGGGAGUGGUUUACUCUUCAUCUGAAACUGUGAAGUCGUACCAAUUCAACACGACUGACUCGCUCUUGUCCAAUUUAACCACGAAAUUAUCGCCUUCUUUAGCAAACGUUUGUUUACACUGGUGUGUGUGGGAACUGGGGAGGAAGGGGGAGGAGCCUAUUUGAUUAUCGUCAUAAUCAAAUAAACUGAUCAUGAUUUAAAUUGAUUAAUCGUGCAGCCCUAGAUAUCAGGUUGACUUGCAUGCAUGAGUGAUAAGUCAACACAUCUUUGCUGUUAACCCAACAAGAGUUAAUGGGAAGUCUAUAAUAAGAAGUCUAUAAUAAGAAGUCUAUAAUAAGAAGUCUAUAAUAAGAAGUCUAUAAUAAGAAGUCUAUAAAAAGAAGUCUAUAAUAAGAAGUCUAUAAUAAGAAGUCUAUAAUAAGAAGUCUAUAAUAAGAAGUCUAUAAAAAGAAGUCUAUAAUAAGAAGUCUAUAAUAAGAAGUCUAUAAUAAGAAGUCUAUCAUAGAUUUCCUGAAACAUCUGUUGGGUUUGUUGUCGUUUAUUUGACAUGGUAACUCUUCGCUCUCGCUGACAGUCUUAGACUCACUUUUGGAAAAUUUGCCUCUGAUGAAAAACGUCGACACAGUUCCAGCUGCUUCAUAUUUCCUCACAGUCCAGGAGCUUUAAUGAACAUCUCAGAGUGUUUCUGACUUUGAAUUGUGAAGGUUUCGCUCUUUUGGCAGGUGUUGACCUUUUAUUUAAAAUUUCCUCUUUAUUUGUUUAAACUCUCAUGAUCAGCCGGCCAAUAAAACUCACUCAAGGAUUUAUUGAUGAAAGUUUUUUCGACCCUGACGUUAAAAGCCUGUCAGACUCUGUCGGGUAGAAAAAAGCUGCACUUCCAGGUGACCUGAACUCCGCCGGAUGAAGUGGGUCAGGGUGACGGGGCGAAAAAGUUUCUCGGUGAGAUGGUUUGAGUGCUCCUCGCUUCAGAGAGGCACGUUUUUAAGUGCUGAGGAGUUUAAUCUCCUGCAGAUGAAUAUAAAAUAUGCAGAAAGUCUCUUUUUAUUCCACUUCACCGAACAAGACUGGAGGCUGGAGAUGGAAGGAAGGAGGUCAGGAUAUGUGAGUUGGCGUUUUUGGGUUGUUACUGUUAAUGUGUUUGAGGAGAUGCUGCCUUUGGAUGGGAUCAUGUUUUCUGUAUCCUGGUGUUCAUGCACGGUUUAAGGAGCCUGUAUGUUUGGUUAUCUGAGUGGGGCUGAACGGUUAACUGUCAUCCUUCUCUGCUUUAAUCAAUUAACUGAUCGAUUAAUCCUGCAGAAGACAACAAAACUUCACGAGCUCUAAAAUCUGCAGCAUUUGUAGAUGAUGGUUUUAAGAGAGUCCUCAGUGACCGUGACAGCGGCCUGAGUUUGAGCAGAUGUCUGGGGAUUAGCGAGAGAAAGAUAGUUGAGCAAGUCCCAGCUGUUCAGACGAUGAUACGCUAGAUUUGGAGAGGAAGAUUUACUGCAGCUUAGAGAGGAGGAGGGAAAGACACGGGUUGAUGGAGUCGGAGGGAUCAACAAAGACAUGCCUCACCCCGUGGAGGUGAUUGUUUGAGUCGCCCCAAAUCUCUUCCCCAAAUCCUCUCAGAACAAAACUCCCACUGAGCUUGAAAUAAUCUGAGUUUAAACAUCAUCACAGCUCUUUCUUACCUUUUGUAUGUCAGUCUGUAGAGACCGUUCUCGUCUAACAGGUUCAUCAGGAACUGAAAGAGACGAUUAAACACAUCGAAGCUGCCUCUGUGACAGCUGAAGAGAAGCUCAGAAACCUCUUAGUUAUCGAACCCUGGGUCUCCUCUGACAUGAAGGUGGACACAGCUCUUGGGUUAGGGCUGGGCGAUAAACCGAAAAUUUACUGAUACUGAAAUUUACAACAAAAACCGACAUCAUUUUCACCUAUAUCGGUAUAUUCGAUGUUAAAAAAAUAAACAAGUAAAAGUAGGUUUUAACGUUGUAGGUAGGCUAAAGUCCCACUCCGAUUGUUUUUUUUACUACUUAAAGUUGUUCUCAUUGGUCUAUAAAUUGUGAUUUUGAAUUUUUAACCAAGAAUCGCGUUACCUGCGUCAUUUUCAAGGACUUUUAGAUUAGUGGGCGGAGUCAGCGCUGCUCUGCACACUCCUCUUCAUGCUAGCCUGUAGCCUAACAUUACUGGUGUAGUAGAAAUAGGUAACACAGGAGUUAUUCAGCUCUCAGACCCUGAUGUCUUUGAGGACACAAUGAAAGUUAAGAUCAUAAUUAGAUUUCUAGCAUUAAAACCCGCUAACGCAGACGCUUGUUCUGCGAUCCUCCUCAGUAGCCACGUUUACAUGCAGACUUUUUUCUCAUUCGGAUUAUAAUCAUUCCGAUUGAAGCUCCCAGGCGAACUGUUUACAUGGAAGCGAUCUAUUCUGAUCUGGUGUUUACAUGUGCCACGGCAUUCAAUCGGAACAGCUAUUUACAGACAUGCGAUACCUUCAAACAUCACGUGAUGUUGUCACAUGAUGUCCCACCAUGUGAGUCAUACGUCACUGCUUGUUUACAUCAGGACAGAGCAUGCGCAGACAGAACCCAGCCUGACAACUUUCCGAUUCACCGUUUACAUGACAGGAUUUUGCUUUUAAUCGGAAUGGGAAAAGGAAUAUUCUACCCCUGAGAAUCGGAAUGAAAUUCCAUUCGGAAUGGGCCUGUUUAUUCCGAAUGAGGUGUUUAUAUGGAGCAUUUUCAUUCCGAUUGGGCUUCUAUUCCGAUUAUAUUCGGAAUAUUUGGCUCCAUGUAAACGUUGCUAGUGUUUCUCCUCUGUAUGCAGUCUGGUCUGCAUAGCGUGCUCUGGGGGCGGAGCUUGGAUUUGUGAUGUAUGAAAUCUCACUGUGUCUGAGCCUGCAGUUUGGGUCUGUUAGAGAUUCACAGAGAUCUGAAUGAAGAAAUACUCAGAAAUGCAGUUUUGCACUUAUUUUUCUCUUGAUUUGUCCUGAAGCGUCAGAAAAAUGAACGUUUUUAAAGAGUAGAUUCGGGUUGUCCUUCCUCCUGGUUAUCAGGCGUCUCUUUCUGGAUUUCUCCUUCCUCUCCGGCUCUUUUCUUCCUCUCUCUGUUUAUCUCCCUCCUCCGUCCCGCUGAGGCUGAAGUGUUUUUGGCAGGCGGUGCACGUCACACAGACAUUAACCACGGGUAAUGUUGAGGAUGGAUGGAGUAGAGGAUGGAUUUGUGGGAGAGGCGGAGGAAGCUGCUGAAGGUCAAAGCCAUCCUCUUUUGCUUUGACCACCGAGGACACUGUGUGUGUUUGUUGUUGUGUGUUUGUCUGGUGUGUGUUUGUUGUUGGAAGCUGUUGCAUAACGUCGCCGGAUGGUGCAGCAGCUCUGACAGAGUCCAGCGGCUGGGCGGAGGUUUCCUUUUGUGUUUUUGACAAUGACUCAACACUCUGUGGUGAAAUAAUGUCUGUUCCUGUGUGUGCGCUGUUACACACUUACACAAAAAAGGAAAAUUAAACAGUAUCAACAUGUUUUUUUUCCUUUUUGUGCUUCAGGUAAUAUCAACGUUUAUGAGGCAUGAAUAAGCUUCAUGUAUUCAUCUGUAUUAGUCCAUGAAAUGAGUCUGAAUGAGUGAAACACACUCAGUCCUGCUCCUCCUCUUUGACAAAGGCGUGCUGUGACGGUUUUAAAAAUAACUCCUCGUCUCCUCGUUCUCCUCGUUCUCCUGACUCAUCCUUGUUUGGAUCUGUCUUCUGGUUUUCCUCUAAGUUCAGUUUUUGGCUCUUUUACUCCUUCAUAGAGGAGACACCAGCGGACAGUGGAGUAUGAAGCUGGAGGAGACGGUGAUGUUUAAGACAAAAGGCCUCGGGUUAGAAUGAAGGAUGAGGAUGAAGAACCGGUUUCUCCUAGUUUGAGUCAUAACUUACCCGAGCCUCCCACACGGCUUCACGUGUCUUACUAAACAACAACAUGAUGAACACGAGCAGGAAUAACAACCGAGGGGUGGAGGAAGGAAUCACAGCCGUUAGAAGACGAGAGUGAGAUUUACUGUAAAAUCCACCCGCUCCGUGAGGACGGCGGCUUUUUCAGCAGUAAGAGUUUCUGUGACAUCCGUGGACUUUCCUACCCCACAGAGAAGAUCAGAGGACUCUCAGGGACUUUGAUGAUUUAUGUUUAGAUUUCAGUUAAACAGUGAAAUAGUGUCUUUUUUUUCUGUUGUCAGCUGACCUGUAGAGGUCCAGACUAAAGCCAGGCGUCCCCGUCUCAGCAGAGUGAAGAUAGAAAAAGUGACAGCAUGAUUGAUCCUCCGUACUUUCUCAGGGACUUUUUCCACAUCUGUCAAACUGGUCCUUCAAGUGAUGCAAGAAUGAACACGAACACUAAAACUAAAAACGAAACUGAAACUGAGAAUUAACGUGUGUGAGCGCGCUCGUCAGCUGAAGAGAGAAGAAAAUCGAUUUGAGGAUUUUAAUUUUUUUAACAUCGUCAUAAUCAAAUAAUCCGAUUUCGAUGUAAAAUCAACUGAUGGUGCAGCCCUAAAAGGUGGAAAAUAUUUGAUUCCCACAGAUUGAGAAUCAAAGUUGUAGGAUGUGGUUCAUCAGCUCGCUCUAACUCGGAGGUUUUAAUGAGACUCUGGCGGCGUUUGGUGAAAUACACGGUGGAAAUCUCAACCUUUUGAAGGCCUCGCUGGAAAUUUCAUGAACCUUUUUAUGAUUUUUGUGUGAAUUCAGCUAAAGUUUCUGUAGUAACCGAGUCGUCCUGAUAAACUCGAGUUAUUAAACUCACAGAAUCUCCGUCUGUAAAACCUGGAGAUGUAAAUUUGUGUCGUUUCAUGUUGAAGGUUUGUCUUCAUUAGAAUCACUGCAGCUCUGUGACUAAAGCGGACUCUAAAGUGAGUCCUCGGUGCAGCUCCUCUUUGAACCUCAGCCUCCCAGCCUGCGUGGAUCUGGGUUAAUUUGCCUAUUAAAGUCCGUGACGCCCACAUCACAGGCGCAGGCUUCUCCCUGCUGCUACAGCCAACCCUGCAGCUCUCUUUCAACAGAUCUAGGCCAGUCACAGCCGGCCCACCUCUCUCCUGGAGUAAACUUUCAAUCAAGAUUUCCUCGACAUACAUACAGGGACAGGAAGGACAACAUGUUUACAGCAUGUGGCCUCAAAUUAAAGGUGACCGUGAGUCCCAGAUUGUGCUGGGAGGAAAUUAUCGGGAAGCUCGAUCAAUCAAAGUUUCCUGGAAAAUUAGCCGAAUCAGGUCACUGAGGAAAACUGUCGCCUCAAAUCCUGACGGAGUCGACCCUGGACUCAGUGAACACACGGUCUGUACUGUUCGGAUAAUAAAAAGAGAAACACGCCUUUUAUUCGGUAGGAAAAAAAGGAGAGUGAGGCUGUUUUUGAGGGUCAGUAGAAAAUCUCUGAUCUGUUUCAGCAUCUCACCGUCCGCCGAUAAAGAGCAGAGACUGAAAAUAGAAUCAAAGAUGAUAAUCGUGAGAUUUUUCUGUCCUCAGAGGUUUUUAUAUCAGCGCUGAAUCUUUCUGAAUCAGUCCUGGCACACUGACCUGAUUAAACACAUUAAGCGUCACGUCUGAUGCAAUAAUCCUCAUUAAAUAACGCCGUCUGUGCCAGCGGCGUUCGUUCUGAUUAUACAAUCAGAGGAGACUUAAUUAAAAGAGGAACAGGAACAUCUCUAUACCAGACAGGACUGAAAAAAACAGAUUCGUCACUCUGUGAGAGACUGUGUGAGCAAAACUUCGACAGUUUCAUCAUGUCCCUCAGCGUGGAAUUAAUAAGAACAUUAUCGGCUUUACAUAAUAUCGUUAAAAGAGUCAGAUCUGCAGAAAGAAGAAGAAGAAAACCGCGAUCAUGAGUCUGUCAGACUGAGCUGCAGUAAAAACAGGAAUGACUCUGUAGUGGAAGUCACCGCAGUGACUGGAAGUUGUUCCCAAAAGCUAAUAAUUUAUACAGAAUCUCAUUUUUGACUUGACUUAGUGUUUACACUUUAUGACUAUAAAGAGGAAUAACAUGUAGGGCUGGGCGACAAACCGAAAAUGUACUGAUACCGGAAUUUACUCUGCAGCGUCGAGCACCUCAACAAAUACUGACAUUUAUAACCUUCAUACUGAGUUACUUUUUAUUUCCCUCCGAUUAGAAAGUUGAUUUAAAACCUUUAGGUACUUGUGGAGUAGGGCUGUGCGAUAAACCCAAAAUUUAACAAUACAGACAUUUACAAAAGUAACUAACGUCAUUUUACCCGUAUCGGCAUAUUCGAUGUUAAAUAAAUAAAAGUUGUUUUAGGACAAUAAAACAUCUAACCUGCUUCUGUGACACCUGUGGAGAGACUCUGCGUGAUUCAUAACUAACUGAUCGAACCCUGAAUCUCCUCUGGUGUAGAGGUGGACACAGCUUUUAGGUGUUAGUUUUUACACAGCUUUGCCGUCACAAAAGACCUAAAAGUUCCUCAUUUAUGGAAAAUUUCUGCGGCUGUCUGUUGGCGUUGUGAUAACAGAUAUUGAUGCUCAUAAAACAAGUUUGAUAUUAGGGCUGGGCGAUAAACCGAUACCUAAAUAAACCACAAUAACCAACGUCAUUUUGCCCAUAUAGGGAUAUUGAUUUGAGGCCAUAUCACUCAGCCCUAUGUGACACUGAGUAAUUAGAUUUGUGUGUGUCCUUCAAUAAUGAUCUUUCAGGUUUUAUUUCAUGAUACUAAACUCUGGUUUUGUUGAAGCUGAGGUAGUUUUAUUUCUUCUCCGUCCUCUUCUUCUUAUUUCACUUUAAAAAACAUGUUUUUAUGUUUUUAUGUGUUUAAAGUUCUCCUGAAUAUUUGAUGCUCCGUCUCCCACAAACAGACAGACAGACAGACAGAGGGACGCAGAGCGAAACAGCAGCUCGGUUUCUGAACUUCUGCAUUACUUACACAUCAGCGUCUCUCUGGAGGACGGCGCUCUGAAAAUUUCAUGGGCUUCAACGCGGUGUGAUUAAAAUAUGAAGCAGCCGAGCGAACGCCGAGAACAGAGAGGGAGAGAGAGAGGUACGCGAGGACACGAAGGAGGGAGAGAGGCAGAGGUGUGUCAGCAAGAAAGAUUAAGUCGGGUAUAGAAAGUGACAGACAUGGAGGAGAGGAAGGAACGAGGGAGAUGGGAGUUUAAGACCAGAGGAGGGAGAGAUCAGGGCGAGGUUUGGAGACGGAUGGAAACAGACAGAUGCAUAAAGAUAGAAACAAAAGGAGAGAGAGGCAAAACGGGGGAGACAAGGUGAGCGAUGAGAGAGAAACCAAAGAAGGGAGAAAAACGGAGAGAUGAUUGGAAGAGAAGGAGGAAGGAAUGAACGACGGCGUGAUGAAAUUAGGGAAAUGAAGGGAGGGGAUGUUUGCAGCUUUAACGGUCGACGUGCAGCUCUGAGAUCUUUAUGGAGUAAAUGUGGAUGAAGAGGAAGGCGAAGGGUUGAAGCUGUGAAUGUAAAGUCCCACAGACGUCAAUGAAACACACGCUGUCUUUAGAUUUUUAGAUUUUCCUUUAUUCAUCCCUCAGUGCAGUAAUUAAACUGUUAACAGCAGCGGUACACACAACAUACACACAACAUACACACAACAUACACACAACAUACACACAACAUACACACAACAUACACACAAAAUACACACUCAUACACACAACAUACACACAACAUACACACAACAUACACACAACAUACACACAACAUACACACUCAUACACACAACAUACACACAACAUACACACUCAUACACACAACAUACACACAACAUACACACUCAUACACACAACAUACACACAACAUACACACUCAAACAGGGUACAAAAAACAAACAAGAUAAAGAACUACGGUAAAUAAAAGGAGGAGCAGAAUUAAGACGAGUGUUAGAAAAAUAUAAUAGAGAAAAAAGAUCAACAACAAAAAAAACAGGUUUGUGAUGAUGAUGAUGAUGAUUCAUCAAUAAUUAGGGGUGUAGUAUUGCACUUUUAUUGCUUUUAUUGCACUCUUCUUCUUCUUCUUCCUCUUCUUCUUCUUCUUCCUCUUCUUUAAACUGAUGAAAUUUCCUCUUUCUGUGGAUUUCCUCUCCGUCUUUGUUGUCAAACACUUUGACAAACGGUCUGAAACUGUCGACGACAAAAACAAGUUUUCCAUCUGUGACUGCGCACAAAUGAAUUCUCAAUCUGUUAAACACGCCGCCGUCGCCAACUCGCUAAUUAGAAAGCUCAUGAAUAAUUCCCUCGCACAGACUGUUUGCUCGGAUAACUUUGCCAGCCCUCCUGGCUCCGCCCCUCUUGUCCAAAUAUGGUCGUUGAUAUGUUGAGCUGUGAGAGAGGCGGUGAUCUCCAUCAUCAGAGGGUUUUUACAGCAGCAGAGUUAAACUCCAACAGAGCUGCUGGGAUUAAACUCUAAAUCUAAAAUCUUUACAGACUUUUCAAUAUUUAAUUCUUCCUCUUCUUUCCUCAUCCCUCUCUCUCUCUCUCUCUCUCUCUCUCUCUCUCUCUCUCUCCUCAUUCAAAGUGUUGUCUUCGAUCGGCAGCUGAAUGACGGCUUUACGGCCGUCUUUCUCGCCUGGAGCGACUCUGAAACAGAAAAUUGGGCCAAAGCAGAGAGAAAAGUCAGAUUUUCAGGCUGUUUUUGUUUCUUUAUCUGUUGAUGUGAUUUUAUUGGUGCUAAAGAGAGUCGGAGAGUCGGACCGACUUCACUUUCUACAGGCUUUAAUGUUAAUGUUUGUUUACUGUAAAAACACAACUCUGAACGACACGAACAAUCCGAGAGAAAAAACACAGUAAACAAGAGGAAACAGGAAAAAGAAGGGAUUAUAUGUGAUGGAAAAAGUGAAAAACAAAAAACAAAAAGGAGGACAAUAAAAGGAAGAAAAAGGAAAGGAAGAAAAGGAGGAAGAAGGAAGGAAGGAAGGAAAGGUGAAAAAUGAGACGAUUGAGGAGAGGAAGGAAAAAGGAAACAAAAAAGGAGAAGAGAGACUGAGAGAGAAAUGAGAGGAAGAGUUAAAAAAGGGAAAAGAAGAGAAAGAUUUCCAUGAAGAGGAGGAGGAGGAGAGGACAGACGGCAAAAUGGAUGGAAGACAAAGAAACUGAAGACAAGGAAAAAAGGAUGAAAGAUGUUUACAGAAAAGAAAGGAGACGGAGGAGAAAGAAACGAAACAACAAAGAGGAGAAUUUUAAGAAACGCUGACUGAAGAUUUUUAUUUCACAUGGAAGGUCAACGACCUCUGAAAACAGCAGGUUAGAUCUUCUUCACUCCUCUUUUAAACCUCCACCUUCAGUUUUCCUGAUCAGACCAGGAGACGAGUGAGGAGGAGGAGGAGGAGGAGGAGGAGGAGGAAGAGCGAGCACGUGUGGGACGGGAUACUCGUGUCAACGUGACGGAAGAAGGAGGAGGAGGAAGAAAGGGAAACUUGUGACACUGUGACAUUAUCAGGAGGAGAAAGUCGUCAUGUUUUCUUUUUUUUACAUCCGUAUACAAGCGAGGAAAGUUUGUGAGGAGCGUCUUCGGCUCAGCAGACAAAUGAAGGUCAUUCAGACUUUAAUAAGUCAGAGCUGCUUCAGUUUCCUCAGAGGAUUCAACGUAAACAUGAUCGAUGACCAGAAACCAGAUAUAACAGACCACACUCCUGAAAACUUCUCCUGCAGCUUCUCAGUCCCUCUGAACAGAGAUGGAUGCAACAUCAUCCCAGGGGUCGGAGGUUAAGGUCUUGCAGACAGAGACCUCCACCUGGUGACCCCGUAUCGCCGCCGUCUUCGUUUAGUCCAACGUUUUUUUGCUUGUGGACGCUGUUCCAGAUCUUUCUUACUGAAGGAUUUUAAAGGAUGAGGAGAUGUUGGUCCACAGAUGUCACCAGGACCUUCAUGUUAAACUCUCCUGAAGUCUACACGGAUCCCUGGUCAGCAUGUGUCGUCAGCAUGUGCAUUCAGACAGCGUGAAAUACCGAGGCGAACACAUGACAACAACAAGGCCGAGGCUGUUCGCUCCGUGCUGCGCUGGCACCGUGAUGGCCGCCGCUAAUGAGAUUACAGCCAGCAUGUGGUGAUGUCAGACUCUCUGCAGACCAGAGACCAGAAUAAACACAGAUAUACUGGAGAGUGAGGGAGGGAGUGAGCGAGCGAGCGAGUGAGUGAGUGAGUGAGUGAGUGAGUGAGCGAGCGAGCUCCUCAAACUGAUGAUGAUGAAGAGUUUAUAAAAAGUGUCUUCCUGAAAGUUCGUUUGCAACGACGGCUUCAGAUUUAAAGGAGUGAUUAAAACAUGAAUGUUUACUAAUCAGUGGAGAUGGAUCAGGCUGAGAGUUUAUAGAGGACGAGUAAAGUAGAAGAUCUGCUAAUUAACAGAUCUGCUUUUUUCAUGAUAUAUUAGGGCUGCAAGAUAAACCCAAAAUUUACAGAUACUGGAAUUUAUGACUAACCACAAAUUUCCACCACAUCCGGAACGGCGACAAUUUCUGCCGUGUGCCAAUAGUAGAUUGUGUCCUUCCAGAGGAGGAAAUCUACUUCUAGACUUCUAGAAUCAGCAUCUCCUCAUCCAUGGUGUCAUCGGGGUGAAAUGACGUCUAAAAACCUUUCACUUGUUCGUCUCCGCCCGUUUGCAUGGUGUGAAAUACGAUCCUCCUGAGAGUGUUUUAUUUUGAAAAGAAGCCGGAUGUUUUAUUUUGUGUCUGUGCCCGACUUCCUUUCCAGCACGGGUUAACCUGUGCUGAAUUUAUCCGCCAUGCUCCGGCGUCCAGAAAAAAUAGAACUCUUGUGAUCAGCUGAGGAGUCCGGCGAUCCGCAGAGGAACGGAAAGAAGUCGGUGUAAAUUGACACGUUAACUUGAAUGGUUACGAUCAGCUACGAUCGGAGGAUACGACCUUUUAGGAGACCAUCAGGAUGAAGGUGGAGAUUUAGCUUCAACAGUCUUCCCAGUUUCUUACAAAACAGCGUUUACUAUCAUGAAAUUAAACUUGAAAAUCAUAAUCCGGGGGCGCCCACAUUAGGGCUGAGCGAUAAACUGAAAAUUUACCGAUACCAAAAUUUAAGACAGUAACAGACGUCAUUUUGCCCAUAUCAUAUCAUAUUCUGUGUCAUGUGCUAUGGUCUCAUGUCCCUUUAAGACGCUGUCCUACAUUAACAAACGUAGGGAAAGAGGUGAGGAGAUGGAGGACGGGUCAAGAGCGGCGGCUGAAGUAGACGAAGUUAAUGUGAGAGGGGGUGAGCAGCUUGUGGAGUAGUUAUCAUCUAUUUAACGUUAUCGAGGUGAACUGAUCAAUAUAUCGAGAUAUUGAUUAGAGGCCAUAUCACUCAGCCCUAUGAUCUACUGUAUUUUUCAGAUAUCUUUAUGUAAACAGGAUUGGUGGGUCCAGGUUUCUGCAUCAUGAGGAUAAUCACUUUAGAACUCAAUCAAUCAAUCAAUCAAUCAAUCAACUUUAUUUCUAUAGCACAUUUUAAAAUAACCACAAGGGUAGCCAAAGUGCUGUACAAUGAUACAUAAAAACAAAUAACACAAAGAGCAAGAUAAAGUGAGCAGAAAUACAUUAAUGCAAGGGGAUAAAUAAGUAAAUAAAUAAGCAGGCUCACGGCAGGUGCUAAAAUGAUAAAAAAACAAAGUAACACUAAAAAGUAUCAAAAGCCAAGGAGUAAAAGUGUGUUUUUAAAAGGGAUUUAAAAACAGGAAAUGAGGAGGCCUGUCUGAUAUUCAAGGGCAACUCAUUCCAGAGUUUCGGGGCAGCAGCAGCAAACGCUCUGUCCCCUCUGAGCUUCAGCCUAGUAUAUGGGACCGUCAGUAGCAGCUGAUCGGCUGAUCUUAAGGGUCGGGGUGGGCAGUAAGGCUAGAGCAUUUCAGAAAUGUAAGGUGGAGCAAGAUUGUUCAGGCUUUUAAAAACAAAUAUUAAAAGCUUAAAUUUAUUCUGUACUGUACAGGGAGCCAGUGUAACUCCUGACACAACGGCUGAAAAUCAACUUUUUAAUCGCAGGGAGAUAAAAAGUAACUCGGCAUGAAGGUUAUAAAUGUAAGUAUUUGUUGAAUCAGAUCGCUGUUGAGGUGCGUGCCGCUGCAGAGUGACCGCUGAAUGGUAUUUGAUCAUCUGAAUGGUGAAUGACUGACUCACAUGAGGCUAAUUUGAGCGUCAUGUGUCAUAUCUGCAGAGCUGCUCAUUCUUGGUCUAAUUCGACGAUCAGGAUGUGGUUCGGAGGAUAUCGGUCAAAAAUGAUGCUGCUCUCCAUCUGAAGUGUAUUUUUAGUAUAUUUAUCACUUUUAACGGUCUCACUCUGGGCCUGAGAGAAAACCUGUCCUUUCUGGUGCAGAGACACUCGGUGGAGUUAGCUCAGGAGUUUGGUCGGCUUGAAGUGGGUCAGGAGCAUCAUGUGGUGAUUUAAUAUUCAGUGGGCUGUCUCUCUCUCUCUCUCUCUCUCUGAGUUCUGACUGCGUCUGCCUCGCUCUCUUUCCUCCCUCUCUCUCUCUUUUUUGUUGAGUCGAUAUGUUCGCUCAGAAACUUCACACAGCUUCAGAAAUCCGUCUCGGUCUCUCGGCGUGUGUGAGAUGAAAGGUGGGAGCUGUGAUUUACUGCAUCACUUCAGGGCUGAUUCAUCACAUCCUACUGUAGGUAGUAUUUUCACACACAGACUUACACAUUAUUUUUGGACACAGUCAGAGGAUGAUCUGACUGCUGCUGACACACACACACACACACACACACACACACACACACACACACAGAGUGGAUUCUAAAGUACAAACUCAGCAUCUAUAUACUGGUAUACUUGAGUCACUCCGUCCAUAAUAAAGCUGAGGUUCUCCUGGUGCACUCGCCAUAUUCCUGUUGGUGUUUUUCCACCUCUGCAUUUUCUGCACCCCUCCUCUUUAAGAUGACAUGCUGUCAGCCAAUCAGAACAGAGCCUCGUUAGUGUAGCGUCACGUAGGGCUGCACAAUUAAUCGAUUUUAAAUCAUAAUCGGAUUAUUUGAUUAUGAAGAUGUUAAAAAAAUUAAAAUCAUCAAAUCCAUUUUCCUCUCUGUCAUGUCUCGCUCCUCCAGGCCACCGUAGGCUCUGCAGUUCCCACACACACCAGUGUAAACAAACAUGGCGUUUGCAAAAGAAGGCGAUAAUUUCGUGGUUAAAUAGGACAAGAGCGAGUCAGUCGUGUUGAAUUGGUACGACUUCACAGUUUCAGAUGAAGAGUAAACCACUCCCCGCUGUGACGUCUGUCUGAAGGCGGGAUCAACCCGUCACCACGGAAACCAAUUCAGGAGGAAACGCUGAAGGUUUUUGUUGUAUCAGAAACUUUUGAAAACGGGUCAGAGAGUCUUCGCCCCGGCGGGUCUCUGCAGGUCGUCCAAAGUCAAACCCGAGUCUAAUAAGUUUGAGUGACAGACCUGUUUUUUCCACAUGAGCAUUUCUCUGGACUUUGACUCGACAGCAUGCUGAAGAUGACUCGACGUGGUUUCUGAUCAUUGAUUUACAGUCGUCAAUACUCCGUCCUGACUAACACUGACUCCCUUUGUUUGAUGGUAGGAGCUGAAUUUCUGUGUCUGACAAAGAGAGACGUUCAGACAGGAAUUAAUGACAGUUUCUCAACAGUUUAUUAUCAUCAUAUCUCCAAAUAGAUGAUUACAGUCAGCAGUUAUGGAUUCAUUAUGAAAUUAGAGAGAAGUUAAUCACAGCUCUGACAUACUUGAGGGGAAAUAAAGCAAAACGAAAACAGAGAGAUUUCUUAUUUCACAGUCUGAUAGUCGAUGUUCCUCCGAGCUUUCACUGAACUGAGAGUCUGAGACUUAAUGAAAAAGUGAGUUUUAGUCUCUGUGAGGUGAAGGUCGGAGUUUUUGAGAAGAAGAAAAAAAGAAAAACAUGUUAUUUUCUCCUAAAACCCUGAGAUGGAUGAUAGAAGCUGAGUGAUUGAAUUUAGUGUCGUUGUUUUGAGAGGGUCUGUCUGUUUUUUCACUUCUUCUUCUUCUUCUUCUUCUUCUUCUUCUUCUUCUCCUCCGUUUCUUCAGGCCCAGCUGGAGGCCCAGAGAGCCACUCAGGACUUCCAGAGAGCCACGGAGGUCCUGCGGGCGGCCAAGGAGACCAUCUCUCUGGCCGAGCAGAGGCUGCUGGAGGAGGACAACCGGCAGUUUGACUCGGCCUGGCAGGAGAUGCUGAACCACGCCACGCAGCGGGUGAGGAGGGGCGAUCGAAUAAAAGAACACAUGCUUCUUUUACUCUUCUUCUUUGUUUUUCUUCUUUCUUUUCCUGAAUUCCUUCCUGUUUUACCUUUUCAACCUUCUUCUUCUUCUUUAUUCUGUUUAUCUCUUCUCUCUUUUUCUCUCAAGUCCUUCAUCAACCUUCAUCAUCUACCAACCAUCCUUUUAUUCCUCCUUCUCCUCUCUCCUUUUCUUUUUUCUCCAUCACCUCCAUCUCUGUAUCCUCAACCUCUUUUUCUACUUUUUCACCCUCCUUUUCUUAUCGCUCCUCCUCUUCUUUAUCUCCAGUUUCUCCUCCAUGACUCAUCUCCUUCUUCUUCCCCCUCCUCUUCUUGUCCUUUAGUUCUUCUCCUCCUUCCUCCCUUCCUCCUCUUCCCUUCCUCCUCUUCCCUUUCCUUCCUUCCUUCCUCUUCUUCUCCAUCUUCUCCCCCUCCUCUUCUUUAACCUUUUCAUCCUUCCUUCUCUACCUCUCCUCUUUUUCUUGUCUUCUCUUUUUCCUUCCUCUCCUCCAUCUCUCCCCAUUUUCUCCUCUUUUUCCUCUCCUCUUUCCCCUCUUUUCCUCUUUCCUCCCCUCUUUUUUCUGUCUUUUUUUUUCUCAUCCUCCUCCCUCUUCUUCUCCUUCUUCUCCUCCUUUUUUGUUAACCUUAUUUUCAUUUUUUUCAUUUGUCCUCAUUUUUUGCCCUCUCUCUCUCUCUUCUCUUCUCCUCUUCUCACCUUUUCUCCUCCUCCUCCCUCCCUUUUUCCUUCCUUUUGUCCUCUUCACCUCCUUCUUCUCCUCUUUCUUUCCAUCUUUCUCCUCCUCCGUCCUCGUUGAAAUGAACACAUGAACCUUUUAUUCGUUCCUCUUUUUUAUGAGCCGAUUUAAAACACUUGAUGCUUUGACGGUUCGGCUGACUCUGUGCUCUGAUUGGCUGUUGCAGGUGAUGGAGGCGGAGCACACUAAGACGAGGAGCGAGCUCGUGCACAAAGAGACCGCGGCCAAAUACACGGCGGCGAUCGGCCGCAUGAAGCAGCUGGAGAAGAAACUCAAACGCACCAUCAACAAGUCCAAGUAAGAGUCAGCUGAUCAUGUGUUCAUCCUCACUCUCUCCGAGUUUAGAGACUCUUCUUCACCCUCUCACAGCCGCGUCUCGGCUCGCUCUAGUUUCCAGCCCGCUUCUAUAUUUGGUCUUUAAUUGUGAUCCCUGCUGGACCGUCACAGCGAGAAGUGGAUCUGCAGAGACUGGAGCGGACUCUCCGAGCACGACUCCAGGCUGGUGGGCGGUCUGAGUCAAAGACGACAAAGACAGAAAGUCUCCGCCUACACAGCGCUCUUAAUUAUCUCACGUUCGCACGCUUGAGGACUGACUGAGAGACCCUGAAGACCUGAGAGCUGCUGCUGCAGCUGCUUCUCUCACCAACAAUAAUCUCGCUCUGAUUUUACCGGAGCAGAUCUGAGGAAGUGAAAGAGUCUGAUGACGUCUUUUCUGGUUUGACCAGCAUGUUAAAAAAACAACCACCUGUUUCUCACCUCACACACACGUUUAUUUAAUAAAAGCAGGUCACACUUCUCCUUCUGUCAGUCAGCUGUUCAAGAGGAAGUCUAGAUUUAGGUUUAUAUGAUCACAAGGUGAAUUCUCCUGCAGCACAAGUUCACUGAAGCUGCAGAAUGAGUCAGAGUUCAGGUGACUUCUUUACACAGUUUUCUGCACACCUCACCAAGUUAUUCAGACGUCUGACAGUCUGGAUUUUUUGGUGAUGCAUCGUUUGCAUAUUUGCUGUUAAUGCAGUUUUUUUGGGUGUUUUUGCAGAAAGUUUUUUCAUCUGCAGAGAAUUUUCACUGUUUUUUCAGUUUCACACCAAACCCUAACUUAUCAUGCAUGUAGGCCUGUCACGAUAACAAAUUUUGCUGGACGAUAAUUGUGCUACAAAUUAUUGCCGAUAAACGAUAUUAUUGACACCGUUUUUUAAAUUAUAGAAAAUGAUAAUAUAUGGCAUAAUAAUGCGAGUACACCGUGUCAAAAGUGAUAAACUUUAAUUUCCGCUGUCUGUCACCAUUUUGCACUGUUUUGUUUAUAUUUGCUUUGCUUACCAAACGGUACCUGUCGGGACGAUGGCUCCGCAGCACCUCCGGCGGAACUUUUUUUGCUCAGUUGGGAAAAAUGGAGGGGAUGAUUGUGCCUGAGGUGCGCAUGCAUGUUCGUCGUAUUCCCCUUCUUUGUCACCACAACUUUGGAACAAAUACGACAUAUCGGCUCGUCUGUAUUUGUGGGCUCACCUCUUUCAUUUGGUUUAAAGCCGAAAUAUUCCCACACUUGGGCUGUUGCGUUCGGUUUAGACACCAAAGCUGUCGUGUUCAUUCUGUUUGCUUGCUUUUCACUCACUUGCAGCACUGUAUCCAAAAGUCUGUGUCUGUGUGCCUGUGCGCGCCCCCCGUGACAAAGAUACUGAAUGACUGACAGGAGGGUUCACUAACUCCGUUCAUUCCGCUAUAGAGCCAACGCCCCCAGGUGCCGAGAACAAUGCGCAGAGUGAGACCUCUUCUCUCAUCCAGCGUGUUUGGUAGCGAGAGAGGAGGAAAACAAACGCAUGUUAAUUAUCGAGGCUGGCAAAGUUAUCGACCUCGUUUUUAUUUACCGAGCGAUAAGGCGAUUUAUUGAUUAUCGCGACAGGCCUACAUGCAUGUUUGAUUUUGCAUCAUUUCUCCAAAUGAUGCAAAACUGAAUCAGAGCUGCACAAACAGGAGUAAAAUAUUCAUAACUAAAUGUAAUUAUAGAUAAUUAAGUAUAAUUAAUAACAGUGUUGAAAAUAGGUCAAGCUCACAGAAUAGAUUUUUAAGUUAGUAGAAGUUAGUCAGUGAGGAUUCAGAGAGCUGAAUAAAAACUUAAUAUUUGACUGUUUUCACAGUUUCAUCUCAAAGAAAAACUUUCAUUUCUAAUCAGAGCUGCAGUGAAGUAAAAGGAUUCAGAUUUACUUCGUACCCCCGUCCUCUCUGCCUGUUUUCUGCUCCAUCCACAGACCCUUCCUCUCCAAAUAAAACCAUCAGACCUGAAAUUCAACCUUAAAAGAAAGAAAACAAGAAUUUAUUUCCAUGCAGAUGUAAUCUCACUGAGGUUUCCAGCUGUAGUUUGUGUCUGCAUGUCUCCUAAAGUUGCUCCUGCAGCAGAAGUGAUAAACUCUGAUAAAUUACAGAACCUCAGUAAAAACCUCCGAUUCAGGAAAGUGAAACUUGGGAGGGGAACAUCUGCGGUCCUCGGGGGGAAACUGCUCAGAGUUAAUGAAAGUACAGAGCUGCUCUGCAGACGCCUGUCAGGACCUUCAAAGCUCGUUCCUCUGCUGCUGAGUGGGAGUUUGUUUGGAGCUCUGGGGUUCAUUCCUCAAACUCUAGAACUCAAAUUUAAGUUCAGAGAAGUUAUAUAAGACCCUCCCUCAGUCCCCGUGUCUGUAGUUCAUCACUAACUUCUACACGGCGGCAUCAGCUCCUCAAGGUCCUCAUGAUCUUCAGAUACAGAAACAAACUUUAACUGAAGGGAAAAAAGUCAUAAAAUAAACUUUUUUUAUCAACACUGUUAACCCAGCUUUUUAACACAGGAGCCUGACGUCUUCAUUCAUGAUCAACCUUCACCUGCUGCGUCUCCGUCAUCCGUCAUUAAUCUGAGCUCUUUCUGAAGACUCUCCCGUGACCGUCAUGAUGUCAGGUUUUUCUCUGUGAAUAUUGGGAUCCCGGCGUUUUAACAGUAUGUAUGUAUACUGUAAAUAUUUCUAUAUUUAUAUACGUUAUAAAGUGGAUUUCAGGAGCGAUCUCUCGACUGAACGAGCUGCGCUUAUUUCAGCGUCUUUAUUUUUCUUACUGUAUCAUCAUCAGCUGACGCCUCGCUGUGUGUCUCCUCAGCGGGGUGUUAAUCCGUUUUGCAUCAUUUACCCAUCCAACAUCAGAACCUCUCCUCCUCCUCCUCCUCCAGGUUGCCAUGGUGAUGAUGAUGUGGGUUCUGCUCUUUUUCUGGGUUACUCUGCAUUUCCCCCUCUGAUCUAAUCGUCUCUCUCUCUCCCUCUCUCUCUCUCUCUCUCCCUCUAUCUCUCUCUCUCUCUCUCUCUCUCUCUCUCUCUCCCUCUCUCUCUCUCUCUCUCUCUCUUUCUCUCUAUCUCUCUCUCUCUCUCUCUCUCUCUCUCUCUCUCUCUCUCUCUCUCUCUCUCUCUCUUCUCUCCCUCUCUCUCUCUCUCUCUCUCUCUCUCUCUCUCUCUCUCUCUCUCUCUCUCUCUCUCUCUCUCUCUCUCUCUCUCUCUCUCUCUUCUCUCUCUCUCUCUCUCUCUCUCUCUCUCUCUCUCUCUCUCUCUCUCUCUCUCCCUCUCUCUCUCUCUCUCUCCCUCUCUCUCUCUCUCUCUCUCUCCCUCUCUCUCUCUCUCUCUCUCUUCUGCAGGCCCUACUUUGAGAUGAAGGCGAAGUAUUAUCUGCAGCUGGAGGUGAGUGAAGUCCGCUCUGCUCUCCUUUAUUUGUGAAGGUUAUGAGAACGUCCUGCAGCUCCAUCAUCAGGGUCAUUUUCUUGGCCUGGAGAAAUGUCAGCCGUGUUGGCGCCAUCAUUUGAAUAUUACCCAGGGUGCAAAUUUUGAACUAAACCCCCCGACCUCGUUCAUCGUCUCCCCCAGAACCUGAAGAAGAACGUGGACGAGCGGCAGGCCAAGCUGACCCAGGCCAAAGGAGAGUACAAGGCGGCGCUCAGGAACCUGGAGAUGAUCUCGGACGAGAUCCACGAGCGAAGGAGGAGCUCUGCGAUGGGCCCCCGGGAGCGCGGCGUGGGAGCCGAGGGCGACAGCGUGUCCGGGGACGACGUCUCCAGCUUUAAGAUGGAGUCAGACGGGAUAUCCAGUGAGUUUCCUCCCUGAUACUGACCUGGAUCAGAGUUUGUUAAAGGAACAUUACACUGAAAAAUCGUGUUCCUGGUUUGAUUUCAUCGCCGGUCGUCUGCCGAUGGAGUUAAAGUCUAAAUGAGAGAAAUCAGAGGAACAGGAAGUCAGAUUGGAUGAUUUUCUUUGUGUUCUUGUUGCCUUUCUAAACCUCAGCAUGACUCAGUCUAUUGUUCUGGAAUAAAAGGUCAGUCUUUAAAUGUUAAACCUCCCGUCUCGCCGCUCUGCUGCUGUCAGUGACGCCCCGCCCCCCCGCUGACUCUCUAAAUGUCAGAUUUCCUUCAGUUUAGAUUUAUUCCUCCUGUGAGUUCAGAGGUAAUUAUGGUGUUGAAACCUGCUCCACAUACUUAGAUCUGAAUCUGCUCCUGUAGACUCGCUCAUGGUGUCAUGGCGGAGGACUCUGAGAGCGUCAGUAACUUUACUCUUUGUCUCCUCCCGCAGUGGCGUCGGUGUGUUUCGAUGACGAGGCGUGCGGCGGCAGCAGCAUCAUGUCUGAAGAGGACUCGGAGACUCGCUCCACCUGCAGCCUGGGUUCUUCUCCCAGCAGCCCUCAGGAGCUCCUGUCGCCCUGCCCCUUCACCACCUGCUCCUCUGACUCCUCCUCCUCUUGCACGUCCUCCUCUGCCUCUCCCUCACCCACUCCUUCGUCCUCCUCCUCCUCCCCAGCUCCCCCCUCCCGUCCCUGCAGCCUCGACCUCCCCAGCACCGUGUCCCUGUCGGACUUCGGCCUCAUCUCUCCGGUGCUCGGGCCUCGCAGCGAGUGCAGCGGAGCGUCGUCGCCUGAGUGUGACCUGGAGAGAGGUGAGUGUGUGCGCCCGGUCCUAAAGGUGUUAAAAUGAUGAAGAUGAACUCAGAGGAGUGAAGGAGAGUUUUAGAGAAGGAAAGGAAGCAGGAAACAGGGAGAUAGAUGAUGUCGGAGAAUCUAUUCUGGGCUAAGACGUACGGUCUCCUGGUAUCUGCCCGACUCACACCUGCUCCUCCUGAUGAGACGAUUACUCAAAGAGACAGGAGGACAGAGUUCACCUCAGCUGGGAGCGUGUUUCAGCCUGAGUGUGGGUCCGUGUUACUGAAGCGGGUCGUUUGUGGGUCACUGGGAUGAUGAUGUUGUUCUAAAGAUGCAGCAGAUCCAGAUCCAAAGAGGGACGAGCUCACAGUUAAAGUCCCGGCUGACAAUCUGAGAAACACACAAACCCCUCCCCUCUGUGCUCCAUGAUAACUCCGCCCCCUGAACCCGUAUCGCCCUCCCCACGACACGCCCCCUCUGACAGAAGAUCCUACGCUAGCUCCAAACAGGAUCCACCAUGUCGGAUUGUUAGUGACUAGUGUCAGUAAACGCCAGCUCUGUGAGUGAGCGCCGUCUGCAGCUGCCUGGACAGCUACCAUGUUGACAUGUCAGAGACUAAUCAGAGUUAUUUAUGUAACAUGAGCCACGAUAAAAGGAGAUAAAAAUGACCUGUUCAACUAAAACAAGGAGAUUGACCAAUAGGAGCUGUCCGGGACGGAUGGCUCCCAUUGGUCAAUGUUUUUGCAGCCCUGCUCCUGAUAGGCUGAACGGAUUUUUUCAGUUCUUUUUUUCUCUUCACUUUGUGGAGAUCGAACUAUAGGACCAUGAUCGCCAUAGAAACAAGGUUCAUAAUAAUUACCAACCUCCCCAAUCGUCAACCAUGACUUUAAAUGUUAUUUAACCACCAUCAGAUGAGCAGACGUGGUGAUGAAGCGAAGUUCAGGAGAGUUCAGGAGAACAGCUGAAGCAGAGACAGCAGAAGCUCUAAAACAUCGUCUGAAAAAUCUCAGAGCUGCUCUUUUAUCUAACCCCAGAAAAGCUCCUCUUAAAUAAUUGAAGCUCGCCGUCCUCGCGCCUCAGCGCAUCAUUAAAACAUCUCUGACCUGGUUUCUCCUGCAGGUGACCGGGCCGAGGGAGCAGAGGGAGACCUGGACAACGCUCCGCCUGUCAACACCACAAACAACAACAUGAACAGCAGCUCCGCCCAGAGCACCAAGAAAAGCUUCAGCCUGGAGUCGCGCUUCAGCUUCCUGAACCUGCGCCGCCAACGCAACGAUAACGCCAAAAGCACAGAGAAGGCGGAGGCGGAGCACACUGUGGUGUUAGUCAAAGGGGUCUGAGGACAGGAGGAGAGAAACUGAUGAGAGCUGUUUAUAAGCUACAACCGCACUUCAUCUCCAAACUCCACGCUCACACGGAGACGCUGAAUGUUGUUGUCUUUGUAAAUAAAGUGUUCAUACAUCUCAGCAGUGAGGAUUCUCCCGUUCUCCUUCUCAAGGACACGACACCCGAGGACUCGUGCCUGAGAGAGAAAGAGCACAGGAGGGAGACGAAGGUUGGACGAUUGUUUUAGUCACUAAAGGACACAUGCAGCCUGUGAACGACGACACUUUGAGAACUAAAAAAGACAUAAAUGCUCAUCAAAGUUGAUUGUUAAUUGGCGAUGUUCUGCUUCUGAAGAAUUAAAAACACACAUGGAGAUAAAUAAAUAAGUACUAAAUAAAAUGGUCGGUGUCUUAACCUUCUGCUGCCUGUCCUGUUUUUGAUAUUUGACCUGCAUAUUAAUGUUCUUUAUGUUUUAGGAUGUUUGUUCGCUGCCUGCAAAAGGACGAGUAUAUUUUCACACUUUACAGAUCUACAUUUGUCUUCUGCUGUUUUCCUGAAGUGCCUGAUAACAGCCAACAUCUCAAGGCUGUUAUCAGAGCAAAGUGGUGACGUUUUGAUGAAUGUUAAGCUGUCACACACGCUCUCAGAUUAGCUCUAACUUCACAGAGGUGAGUCCAAAUGUCCGGUGUGACACAAAGUGGCAGCACGCUCCUGAAACACUCUUCUCAAUGUCAACCCUGAUAAUCUGGUUUUCUUCAAAAACAAGUUUUGCAUCAACUUGUACCUGACACAUCUUCAGACAUCUGUAAUUGACUGAAAUGGUUGUCACAUUUUGCCAAUAAAGAAGAAAGAGAUGACACAAACAGACCUGAGAACGUUUAUAUUACUGCUCCAUAAAUACAGCUGCUUUCUGUCCGCUUCUUUAUUGGAGUCAGUCUUUUUCAGGUUACAUUCACAGUCCUACAACUCAAGUUUAACCAACCUUAUUAAAGUGUUCGUGAAGCCCACUAUAUAUGUGGAAAUUUCACUUUUUUCAUUAGAUUAUCGGGGGAAAAAUGAACUUUUUGGGACAUUAUAAUUUUUAAAUCUGCAACUGUAUUAUUUCUUUUUAAGGUUAUUCUAUGUGCUCAGCUAGUCUAUCGUUUUAAUGUCAGAAACUUGUAUUUUUGUCGUUAAUGACGCCACAGUCACAGGUGCUUUUAUUUUGAAAGGUAAAUGAGAUGUACAGUAAAAAAGAGGACCAUGCAGAGAUGUAAAGGUGCUCUUUAACCCCCAUACCUGGACUUC